UCGCAGCCAAUCGCAGCCGGCAGCCGCCCAGGCCGCAGACCUAGGUCCUUCGGAGGCGGCUGCUCCUCGAGGCUGCAGAGGGGCGGGAGCCGGAGCCCGGGGCUUAGCUACUGAAGGAAGAGACAAGAUGAGUGCAGAGCCGGAGAGGAAGUUUGGCGUGGUGGUGGUUGGUGUUGGCAGAGCUGGCUCCCUGAGAAUGAGGGACUUGCGGGGUCCACACGCGUCCUCGGCGUUCCUGAACCUGAUUGGCUUCGUGUCCAGACGGGAGCUUGGGAACAUUGAUGGAGUUCAGCAGAUUUCUAUGGAAGACGCUCUCUCCCGCCAGGACGUUGAGGUUGCCUACAUCUGCAGUGAAAGUGCCAGUCACGAGGACCACAUCCGGCAGUUCCUCAGCGCUGGCAAGCACGUCCUUGUCGAGUACCCCAUGACACUGUCUCUGGUGGCAGCUCAGGAGCUGUGGGCCCUGGCUGAGCAGAAAGGAAAAGUCUUGCAUGAAGAGCAUGUGGAACUCUUGAUGGAGGAGUUUGCAUUCCUGAAAAAAGAAGUGGUGGGGAAAGAUCUGCUGAAAGGGUCCCUUCUCUUCACAGCUGGCCCCCUGGAAGAAGAGCGAUUCGGCUUCCCUGCCUUCAGCGGCAUCUCUCGCCUGACCUGGCUGGUCUCUCUCUUUGGGGAGCUUUCUGUUGUGUCUGCCACCCUGGAUGAGCGGAAGGAAGAGCAGUAUGUGAAAAUGACCGUGUCCCUGGAGACUCAGAACAAAUGUCCGCUGUUGUGGAUUGAAGAGAAAGGACCUGGCAUGAAACGCAACAGAUAUUUAAGCUUCCAUUUCAAAUCUGGGUCCCUAGAGAAUAUCCCAAAUGUGGGCAUCAAUAAGAACAUUUUCCUGAAAGACCAAAAUAUAUUUGUCCAGAAACUCUUGGGCCAGGUCUCUGAGAAGGAGCUGGCUGCUGAAAAGAAGCGCAUCCUGCACUGCCUGACACUGGCAGAAGAAAUCCAGAAGAUCUGCCACCCGAAGAAGUAAGAGGAGGAAGCGGCAUGGUGCCUCCCAGAGGGGAACGGAGUGUGGGUUUCAUCGGGCGUUGACCUUUAAUUCUGUUCUUCCAAUUAAACACAUUGGGUACACAGGA